CGCGAGUCGCAGGAGGUAUCUCGCGAGAAAAAAAGAAGAAAACUUCGAUAUUCGAUCCAAGUCACUAUGGGCGACAACAAGAUGCGUAAACGGCCAGCUUCUUCGGGCCCUGACGCCCGCGCUGGCGUCUCUGCUGCGCCCGUGUUCCUACAGAAGACCUACGACAUGAUCGAGAGCUCGCCGUCGACCGUCGCGUGCUGGAGCGAGUCCGGCACGUCGUUCAUCAUUAAGCUUCCGCGCGAGUUUGCCAAGACGAUGCUUCCUCGCUACUUCAAGCACAACAACUUUAGUAGUUUUGUGCGCCAGCUCAACUUCUAUGGCUUUCGCAAGCACAAGAAGGACGAGAUCGUGAUCUCCACUGAGGAGGACGAGAGCAAGAGCUGGUGGGAGUUCUAUCACGAGAAGUUUCUGCGUGGGCGACAGGAGCUCAUGGCGCAGAUCCGCCGCAAAACAUACUCGGAGCCGGCAUCCCCCCGACCACGAGGAGAUGGAGACGCUCAAGCACUCAUGAGUCAGCUCUCGGACCUCACCGGUCUUGUGAAGAGCCUGCUGCAAGAUAAGCAAGGUCCGAUGUCCAUGCCGCCCCAGCGCGCUCCGAAGCGAAUGAAGAUGACCGAGGGUGCGGUCCAAGUACCAAGAAUGUCAGUCACUUCUCCUGGUAAUGUCAUGCCGAACGCCUAUGUGCCCCAGCUAGAGCAGAUGCCCGUGUCGGCUCCGCAGCCCCGACAGCCUCAACCCAACAUGAUGCUGGAGUCCGUGUCUAAGAUCCAGAACCAACGGACACGGGACAUGUCCCUUAUGGAGUGGACCGAGUCCUACGGCAUGGACUACCUGCUCAACGACUCUGGACGGCCGCUGCCGCUGUUCGCCGAGGAGAUGCUCAAUUAUGAUUGA